GCCGAGGAUCGCCGCCGGCGGCCGCCACGGUCGGAGCCCGCUCCAGCGACCGAGCCGCUCGAGGCCCUCUGCCCCUAGGAAUGGCGGAGGCUCUGGCAGGGGCCAUCGGCGACCUGACUUCCAGCCCGGCCGGCUUCUCCUCCGUCUCCUCGGAGACCGGCACGCGGCGGCUCAGCGACCUGCGGGUCAUCGAUCUCCGGGCGGAACUGAAGAAGCGCAACUUGGACACGGGCGGCAAUAAAAGCGUGCUGAUGGAGCGACUGAAGAAGGUCAUUGAGGAUGAAGGGGGCGAUCCCGAUGCAAUAGAAAUCACAUCGGAAGCAACGAGCAAGAAAACAUUAAAGCGGUCCAACAAAGGACGGAGGCCAGAGGAAGAGGGGGCGGAAUAUAAUGGACUAGAGGAGAAUUCUGGAGACGGACAGGAGGAUGUCGAAGCAAGUUUGGAUAACUUGCAGGAUAUCGACAUGAUGGACAUUAGUGUGUUAGACGAAGCGGAAAUAGAUAAUGGCAGCGCCAUAGAUUGCGGAGAGGAGUACGGUGCUGAUAAUAUUCUUGACUCACUGUCCGACAGUAAAGAAAAUGCUGAUGCAGAAAUGAAAGAGCUUCCAGAUCAUUUUACAGAAUAUGCUAUGGAGAGCCACGAAAUGGGAAACAGUUUAGAUGCUUCAUCACCCGACUUCUUUGAGAUGCAGGAGAUGGAGGGACCCCUUUCGGAUCCAGAAAAUGAGAAAAUACUCGGCAUUUUGGGGGAAACUUGUAAAUGUGACCCACUUAAAGAAGAAGCUUCCGAACUGGAGCGGCCAAGUGCCCAAGACGCAAGUUACGAGGGGCCGGUCCCAAAGGUCGCGGAGGAGGAAGAGGACGAAUUAGCCGCCAGCCAUUCCGAGGAGGAGGCUUUUGACUUGGACGGCGAGUCAACACGAGCCAUGGCGAGGAAGGCCGAGAAGCCCUUAGGGGUAGAGAGAGGGGAGGCGAGCGAGCAGGCCUUAGACGAAGAGAAAAUGGACUCUGACACGCUAGUGGUAGAAAGCCCAAUGGAUCAGGGUAGCAAAGCGUCAGAAAACGCAGAAGCCUCCUCUGGUGGCGAAGCCCAGGAAGCGGUGGAGAGAGAUUCAAGCCCUGAAACCAAAGAUUGCCAAGAAGACUCUAAGAAAACAGAAGACGAAGCUAGCCAAGAAGACUCCCCCGCUACUAAAGAGUCCUCUACCAAUGAGGGCGGUGAUCAGAAUAUGAGCUCUAAUGAGGAUGACUCGAAUACAAAAAAGAUCUCCAAAGACGAGAAAGGUCGCACGAGUAGCAGCAGUGGUAGAAACUUUUGGGUUAGUGGACUUUCCUCCACUACCAGAGCUACAGACCUAAAGAAUCUUUUCAGCAAAUACGGAAAGGUGGUUGGAGCUAAAGUGGUGACUAACGCACGCAGCCCCGGCGCUCGAUGUUACGGUUUCGUAACAAUGUCUACAUCCGAGGAAGCGACAAAAUGCAUCAGUCACCUCCACCGAACCGAAUUACACGGGAGGAUGAUCUCCGUCGAAAAGGCAAAAAAUGAACCUGCUGGGAAGAAGACCUCAGACAAAAGAGAGGGUGAUGGGAAGAAGGAAAAAUUAGCCAACAGUGACAGAUCUUCAAGUGUCAAAGGAGAUGAUAAGGCCGACAAGAAAGAUGACCCUAAGAAAAAUGAAGAUGGGAAAGAUGAAAAGGAUAAAGACCAGAGUGAUCAGAAACCCGGAUCCUCUGAUCGAUCUAGAGCUACUAAAUCAGGAAGCCGAGGAAUCGAACGAACCGUAGUAAUGGACAAGUCCAAAGGAGAGCCUGUUAUUAGUGUGAAAACUGCCGGCGGGAAAGAAGGUGCCUCAAAAAGCCAAGAGCGCAAAUCGAUGAGCAAAGAGAAACGGUCUAUUGUGUCGUUCGACAAAAUCAAAGAACAGCGGAAGAUCAGAGAAUCAGAAUCCCGUCGGGUGCGUGAACGAAAUGAGCGAGAACAGCGCAUUCAGGCCCUUCGGGAGCGAGAAGAAAGAGAGCGGCUGGAAAUAGCGCGUGAGAGACUUGAGUUUCAGAGGCAGCGCCUGGAGCGGGAGCGGAUGGAGCGGGAGCGGCUGGAGCGGGAGCGGAUGCACAUUGAACACGAGCGGCGGAGGGAACAAGAGCGGAUCCACAGGGAGAGGGAGGAGCUGCGUCGCCAACAGGAGCUCCGUUACGAGCAAGAGCGGAGGCCGGCCAUGAGGCGGCCCUAUGACGUAGACGGGAGGCGAGAUGAUUCCUAUUGGCCAGAAGGAAAAAGGGCAGCCCUGGAUGAUCGAUACCAUUCUGAUUUCAGCCGUCAGGACCGCUUCCACGACUUCGACCACAGGGAUCGGGGCCGCUACCAGGAUCAUUCUAUGGACAGGAGAGAGAGUUCCAGGUCGAUGAUGGGCGACAGAGAUGGGCAGCACUACCCCGAUGACCGCCACGGAGGUCCGGAUCGCCACGGGCGAGAUUCCCGCGACGGGUGGGGUGGCUACAACUCUGACAAGCGGAUGAGCGACGGGAGAGGGAUGCCUCCCCCCAGGGGGGGACGGGACUGGGGAGACCACAGUCGGAGAAUAGGUGAUCAUCAAGAUCGCUCGUGGCAGGGCAACGUGGACGGGGGCAUGAUGGGCCGAGAUCACGAGAGGUGGCAAGGUGGUGAGAGGGGCAUGUCUGGUCACUCGGGCCCGGGCCACAUGAUGAACAGGGGAGGAAUGUCAGGUUCAAGGUUUGAAAGCAAAAUCCGAGUUAGGCAAAAAUAAUAACCUCCUUCGCUACCCGGAAUGCGGUGCGGGAUCGGUCGGUCAAACAUUAGCGACUUAAAAAAGUUUUAUGAUUCUGCUGUCGGCUGCGUCUGAUCAAGAGGGGAAAAAAUCAACAGAUGCCGUUGAGGCAGGAUUCCAAGCCAUCUCACGCUAUAAACUGGCAGCCAGGCGGGGGCGGGAGGAGCGCUCCAAAGCGGGGAAAGACUUUGAAUUGAUUCCUAGGAGAGACGGCAUUGCUCAAGGUGGAAACUCCCGGGGCCGCAGGAUGCAAGGUGGCGGAAUGCGAGGCGGAGGAUUUGGAGGAGAGACCAGAGCGGAAGGAACCAACAGACCCAAUGAUUCCCGCUUCACCCGCCGCUACUGAAUAUUUUAACACCCACAUUCUCAUGUCGAGUGGCAACAGCGAGGCAUCCUGUUCGCCAGGAUUAUCUUGAAUUAGUGUAAUUUUUUUUUUU